AUGCGGUCUGUCAUUCCGGCGACCACUCUCCUUACCGUUUUGGGGGUUAUCAACCUGGUCUCUGGCCACGUGGUCACCCCGCCUUCGCUCUCGAUACCAGAAGACAACCGCGCCUUUGGCUUCACCCGGUCCGCCUUCCCACAGCCGGCGUCGAAGUUGCAGAAGCGAUACGCCCGGCAGCAGCACAACACAAACAGCUACGCAAGCAAUAGCAACAAGCCCCAGCCCCGAGGCCCGGCUAAACCCACCAUCGUCAUCGACUACGGCCACCAGGAGGUCCUGAACCUGGCCACGAUGGGCUUCGCGCGCGGCGGUCAUAGGUCUGCCGACCCUACCCUUACCGCCAUGGUCACGUCUGUCGGUACCAACAUUGACAAUGGCCAGGGCAAUGGUGGCCAAGAACACCAGUCCAAUCACCCUCAGCGCCAGCUCACCAAGACCGAUUGUGGCAGCGGCUGCAGCAUCCUCAAGAUGGCCGCUGUUGCCUUUGAGAAUCAGACAAGCUGUCACACAUGCGACUGUUGCUGCUGCUCGACCGUCGAGGAUUGGGGUUCCAGGCUUCCUCGGCUGCUGAAGCUGGCCAGCACACCAUGUAUUGAAGUUCAAGAUUGA